UCAGUGAAAAUACUGUUGAACAAGAGAAAGAAGACAGUGAAGUUGGCUACAAUCUCCAGCUUCGAGGGAGGCAAAGGACUGAGAGGGUGCGAGAGACCACCAGCUUUUUAGUCCAACAAUGUUGAUGUUCAUGCAGAAAAACGCUUUUAAAGCUUCUGCUUCUUCUUCUAUUUGGGUCGUUCAACAACAUAUGGAGAUGGGUUUUUAUCUUUUUCUUCCUGAUUUCCCUUCUUUCUUAUUCUUCAAUCAUCACCACAUCACCACUUCUACUUGUACAAAGAAACGUUCCUUGCCUCAAAACAAUGGUGGGUUUCUUAGUAAUAAUAGCAUUAGUAUUGAUGAUGCCUUGGCUUCAUUCUAUCGCAUGCUUCGCAUGAAUCCUAGGCCUUCUGUUGUGGAAUUUGGUAGAUUCUUAGGGUCAAUUGCCAAAAAGAAACAGUAUUCCACUGUUGUCUCUUUGUGCAAUCAAAUGGAUUUGUUUGGAGUUACCCACAAUGUUUAUUCUCUAAAUAUAUUGAUUAACUGCCUUUGUCGCUUGAACCAUGUUGUUUUUGCUAUCUCUGUUUUGGGUAAGAUGUUCAAACUGGGUAUUCAACCUGAUGCUAUCACAUUCAAUACCCUUAUUAAUGGGCGCUGCAUUGAGGGGGAGAUUAAAGAAGCAGUAGGAUUGUUUAAUGAGAUGGUACGUAGAGGACAUCAGCCUGAUGUAAUUAGCUAUAGUACUGUGAUCAAUGGUUUGUGCAAAAGUGGCAACACAAGUAUGGCACUUCAAUUGCUCAGGAAGAUGGAAGAAAAGGGUUGUAAGCCGAACUUGGUUGCGUAUACUACAAUCAUAGACAGCCUUUGCAAAGAUACGCUAGUUAAUGACGCCAUGGACUUAUUAUCUGAAAUGGUGGACCGGGGCAUUCCACCAGAUGUUGUUACUUACAGCACGAUUCUUCACGGUUUCUGCAGUUUAGGACAUUUGAAUGAAGCAACCAUAUUGUUCAAUGAAAUGGUUGGUAGGAAUGUUAUGCCAAAUACAGUGACCUUCACCAUUUUGGUUGAUGGACUCUGCAAAGAAGGGAUGGUUUCAGAAGCUCGGUGUGUCUUUGAAGCGAUGACCAAAAAAGGCGCUGAGCCAAAUGCUUACACCUACAAUGCCUUGAUGGAUGGAUAUUGUUUAAAUAACCAAAUGGAUGAGGCCCAAAAGGUGCUCGACAUCAUGGUUGACAAGGGUUGUGCACCUGUUGUACAUAGUUACAACAUCUUGAUCAAUGGAUAUUGCAAGAGAAGAAGGCUGGAUGAGGCAAAAUCACUCCUUGUUGAAAUGUCUGAAAAAGAAUUGACUCCUGAUACUGUCACUUACAGCACUCUUAUGCAAGGUCUGUGCCAAGUAGGGAGACCUCAGGAAGCUCUAAAUCUUUUUAAGGAGAUGUGUUCUUCUGGCCUUCUUCCAGAUUUGAUGACUUACUCGACUUUGUUAGAUGGCUUGUGCAAACAUGGACAUUUGGAUGAGGCAUUAAAGCUGCUCAAGUCAAUGCAAGAGAGCAAAAUAGAACCUGAUAUAGUCCUUUAUAAUAUUCUUAUUGAGGGCAUGUUUAUUGCUGGGAAGCUUGAAGUUGCAAAGGAACUAUUUUCCAAGCUUUUUGCAGAUGGAAUACAACCUACUAUACGGACAUACACUAUCAUGAUCAAGGGACUGCUUAAAGAAGGGCUGUCAGAUGAAGCAUACGAAUUGUUUAGAAAAAUGGAAGAUGAUGGCUUCUUGCCAAACAGUUGCUCUUAUAAUGUUAUCAUUCAAGGAUUUCUUCAAAAUCAGGACUCAUCAACUGCUAUACGACUUAUUGAUGAAAUGGUUGGUAAAAGAUUCUCGGCAGAUUCGUCUACAUUUCAGAUGUUAUUGGAUCUGGAAUCUCAUGAUGAAAUCAUAAGCCGGUUUAUGCGUGGAAGCUCUCAAGGUAGAAAAAUGAAGUGAAAUUUUCCUAUUCAAGUUGCUGUUGUAGGUUGCUGUCCCUCUUGUGAGUUAUCACAAUACUCAAUUCUUCAACUUUAGUGAAUGAUCUGUAACUUUUAUGGUGACUACCUCUUGUAAGUUAACUUUUAUGGUGACCACCUCUUGUAAGUUAUCACAGUACUCAGUUCUUGAACUUUAGUGAAUGGUCUAUAACAUUUAUGGUGACUUCCAUGGA